GGACCACUGCUCAAGGACACACUCCUCUCUGUGGUAAUUAGCUGUCCCGAUCAUCCCGAAGCCACGCAGCUGUCGAAGCGGCUCCCGGGCUCCAUGACGGUGCAGAAACUAAAAGGUCUUCUACGGAGGGUCCAUAAGGUCGACUCCUCUCGUCAGAGGCUCUCCUACCUCGACAGCUCGAGAAACAUAGAGAUAAAGAUGGACGACGAUCUGAAGCAACUGUUGUUCUUUGCCAUCCAGUCAGGAGACACUAUUCUGUUGCGCUGGUAGCCACUUGUAUGUAUAGCACCACACCAGUAUAUAACACACAACAGAGCAAUGAAGCUUCAUUUCCAGUGUUCCAUAAGUGUAUUUGCGAUUUUGAA